AUGAUGGUGGUGGCAGGGGUACCAAAGCAGAUUCCUGCUACCGAGGAGCAGAAGUGGCUCAUCGAGCCCACGGGGAAAGACAACUGGAUAUAUCCUAAAGGGGCCCGUAUUCCCAACGGCCUCAUCACCGUCUUGCUGAAGGUAUACUGGCCGGGGCUGUACUGUCCGGAUCCAGUCAGGCACCCAGACCGCCUGGUUUUGGCCACGUGCUGGGACCACUGGGUAGCGGCCCCCCACGCGGACUAUGAGACCCAUGCUAAGGCCGUGAUCACUAACUUUUGGAAAUACUAUCGAGUUCUUCCGGAGCACAAGGCCAUUGCCGACCAGAUCGUGCUUUGCCAAGCCAAGAGUAAGGCCCGCCAGAUGCAGUACGAGGUGCAUUGGGUGGCCAUCUCGACAUACUAUCACGACGCUCUUGGUGUGAAGAUGACCAAGGAAGAAGCGUGGAGGACAAACAUUACCUUGCAGAGGCACCAGUACUUGGCGUAUGCUUUCAUUAUGUAG